AUUCUUAUUGUAAUCAGUCUCACCGAGCAGUUGAACCCUUCAGAGGACAUAGGAUCCUAGUCCAGUUUGUUGGAUGAAUUAACAAACAUUUCUUUUUUCAUUCCUGUAAAUACACCUACGUACAUUUCGGCACUCCUUGUUCUAUUAGAGAAAGAUGUCAUUCGACAAUUUCACAUAUAAAGGAGCCACUUUUUGUGUCUCUGUACACUCCGAGGAGAUACUCAAGAAAGUAGAAGAUGAAUUCCAAGUCUUGGAUGAUGAUAUUUUCAAUAUUACCUAUCCUAAAUCAGGUACCCACUGGAUGUCAGAGAUUUUGAAUCUGAUCAAGCAGAAUGGAGAUCCAACCUUUGUCAAUUCCGUACCGAUGUGGUCAAGGUCCCCAUGGUAUGAAACUAUUGCGGGCUAUGAUGAAGCAGAAAAGCUCACCUCUCCGCGGAUAAUUUCAUCUCAUAUUCCCUACCACAUUUUUUCAAAGUCAUUCUUCAAGUCCAAGGCUAAGGUUGUUUACACAAUGCGCAACCCAAAGGAUGUCAUCGUGUCCAUGUUUUACUUCUCUAAAAUACUGAAGCUCUUUAAAGAACCAGAAAGUUUUGAAGCUGAAUUAGAAAACUUUUUUCAAAGCAACGGAAUGUAUGGAUCAUGGUUUGAUCAUGUGAAAGGCUGGAUGCAAAUGGCGGGCAAGGACAACUUUUUCUACAUUACGUACGAGGAGCUUCAGCAGGAUCUGCGGGGCAGUGUAGUGAGAAUCUGCAAGUUCCUGGGAAAGGAGUUAAACGAUGAAGAAAUCGACUCGGUUGUAAAAUAUUCUUCUUUUAAAGUCAUGAAGGAAAACAAGAUGUCCAACUUCACUCAAAUCCCAGAUGAUGUUUUAGAUAAAAGUAGAGGCACCUUCAUGCGCAAAGGAGUUUCUGGAGACUGGAAGAACCAUUUCACUGUGGCUCAGAGUGAAAAAUUUGAUAAGGAUUAUCAAGAGAACAUGAAAGAUCUGAACAUUAAAUUUUUUUGGCAAGAAACAUAAAAACAAUAAAAUGCCCGCUCCUCUUUCUGCUUUGCUCUUAGAUCUGUACAUGUCACAGCCAGCUAUUACUUCCUACCAUCUUUAGCUAAACUAUUGGGAUAGAGCAUGUAUCCCUCCCCAGGUUAUUCCAUUUAUAAAAAAAACAUCAGUAGUGCACACUCACUAAUAAAAUGUACGACAAUAAAAA